GAGACGGCCGAAGCACACGACAUUACAAGGAGAGAGAGAGACAGGAGAGACAAGAGAGUAAGGCUGUGAAGUCUUCAAUUUCGACCCUGAGGCCAGCAGGAUUCGCUUGUUGGUUGCGGAGCCAUCGUGGAACCCGUCCGUGAUUGAUUGACCCCGGAUUCUGUUGUUGGAGUGCCCGGAUUGGACGCGUGAGCUCUUGAAACUCGAGCUCGAGAGUGCCGUGUGGGAUCGAGUGCGUAGACAUCAGCCAGGUGUCGUCGGUCGUUUGGGUGGAUUGCUUGCUCCCUUGCUGAUUGGUGGAUCAUGUCGGGUGGAGGCGUGUCCGACGGCAAUGCGGCCGGGUCGGACGACUCGCUCUAUCCGAUUGCCGUGCUCAUUGAUGAGUUGCGGAACGAGGAUGUCCAGUUGCGUUUGAAUUCGAUCAAAAAAUUGAGCACCAUCGCUUUGGCGUUAGGCGUGGAACGUACGCGUUCCGAGUUGAUUCCGUUCUUGACGGACACGAUCUACGACGAGGAUGAGGUGCUUUUGGCCUUGGCCGAGCAGUUGGGCACGUUUACGCCCUUGGUGGGUGGGACGGAGCACGUCCAUUGUCUGCUUCCGCCCCUCGAGUCUUUGGCAACAGUCGAGGAGACCAUUGUGCGCGAUAAGGCCGUGGAAAGUCUGCGCAUCAUUGCUGAAGAACACUCGUCCGCGGACCUCGAGGCCCACUUUGUGCCCUUGGUCAAACGCCUAGCCACGGGAGAUUGGUUCACGUCGCGCACAUCAGGCUGCGGUCUCUUUGCCGUGGCUUAUGCCCGCGUCUCUUCCAACGUGAAGGCUGAUUUGCGAAGCCUGUUUAGGAAUUUAUGCCAGGAUGACACGCCCAUGGUGCGACGAGCCGCCUCGGGCAAGCUGGGAGAAUUUGCCAAGGUGGUAGAGGUCGAGUUCUUGAAGUCCGAUCUAAUUCCCAUGUUCAUCAACCUGGCCAUGGACGAGCAGGACUCCGUUCGACUUUUGGUAGUGGAAUCGUGCGUGUCCAUCUCGUCGCUGCUCCAAGCUGAGGAUGUGGAACAGCUGGUGAUGCCCACCUUGCGCAAUUGCGCCGAGGACAAGUCGUGGCGAGUGCGAUACACAGUGGCAGAGAAAUUCACGGCCCUUCAAAAAGCCGUGGGGCCGGAGAUUACCAAGACCGACUUGGUCCAGGCUUUCCAGAGCCUAUUGAAGGACUGUGAGGCCGAGGUGCGAGCGGCUGCCGCCCAUAAGGUCAGAGAUUUCUGCCAGGCCUUGGACCCGAGUGUUCAGGAGUCUGUGAUUAUGAACAAUGUCUUACCUUGCGUCAAGGAGUUGGUAGUGGACGCCAACCAGCACGUCAAAUCCGCCCUAGCCUCUGUCAUCAUGGGGCUAUCACCCAUUCUGGGCAAGAACAACACCAUCGAACAUCUUUUGCCCCUGUUCCUGAACCAGCUGAAGGAUGAGUGUCCCGAGGUCCGGUUGAAUAUCAUUUCCAAUCUGGAUUGUGUGAACGAAGUGAUUGGUAUUCAACAGCUCUCACAGUCGUUGUUGCCAGCCAUCGUGGAGUUGGCAGAAGACUCGAAAUGGCGGGUCCGCUUGGCCAUCAUCGAGUACAUGCCCCUUUUGGCCGGACAACUGGGCGUGGAGUUCUUCGACGAGAAACUCAAUGCCCUCUGCAUGACUUGGCUCAUUGAUCACGUGUUUGCCAUCCGCGAAGCCGCCACCAACAACUUGAAGAAGUUGGUGGAGCAAUUUGGAACCGACUGGGCCCAACAGACCAUCAUUCCCAAGGUUGUGGCCAUGGCUAGAGACCAGAACUACUUGCAUCGCAUGACUUGUCUCUUCUGUAUCAAUGUAUUGGCCGAGGCUUGUGGCGCAGACGUGAUCGAAAGGCAAAUGCUUCCCACCGUUCUCAACAUGGCCCAAGACAGCGUGGCCAACGUGCGGUUCAACGUGGCCAAGACCCUGAGUGUGGUGGCCCCCAAACUGAACGCCUCCUGCUUCUCGUCGCAGAUCAAGCCCGCUUUGAACAAACUAACGGAGGAUACGGACUUUGAUGUGCGAUAUUAUGCUUCGGAAGCAUCCAUGGUGUGUGCUUAGUAGACGAGGAUGGCGGUUUUCAUCGAGUGCCGUGAAGACGAUCCGAAUCCAUAUAUUUGGAUGAAAUCGGCAAUGCUAACAGCAUCAUCACCAUCACUACCACUACAGCUGCUUCUGAUUUCAUAUGUAGCAGUACACUAGACUUGGUAACAAUUCUGUCUGUUCUAACACUCAUUCUGGUAAACAACAAUUACGAAAAAAAGAUACUACCUACCACAUGCGA